CUUCACCUUCAACCCAAACACAAAAAGAAGGAAAGAGAAGAAGAUGCAUGAAAAUCGAAAAAUUCCCCAAACUUCACACCGUACAAAACCCUAGCCCAAUUUUACCCUUCCCCAAAUUCAAUUCCUUCAAAUCCCUUCCCUAUAAUCUCGAUUUUGCUUCGUGCAAUCUCUCUUCGAUCCCAAUGGACGACAUGGAAGACGACGCAAGGUACCCUCCCAAGUCCUUCUCCCUCAACCGGCAGAACCCUUCCCACCGCCACAAACACCCCAUACGCGCCGCCCCCUACCACCGCCCAAUGCCCACGCGCUACCAGGAACCCGACGAUGAUGAGGACGACAACGAACCCGACGAUUUCGACGACGACGAAGCUGAAAACGGUUACGACGACGAAAACAACAUCGCCGCGUAUCCUCGGAUCCCGAAGAAGCGCAAGGUAGUCGGCACUGCAGCGGCAGGAGGUUCUUACGAGUUCGCGCCACGUGUCAAUUUCUCCUACGGAAACUCCCGCGGUUCGGGUUCGGGCGAGGAGUGGAACGAGCACGAGACUUUCGUACUGUUAGAAGUUUGGGGAGACAAGUUCCUCCAGCUCGGGAGGAACAGUUUGAGAUCCGAGGAAUGGCACGAGGUUGCAGAAAAAGUUUCCGAGGAAUUGAAAACAGAGAGAACGGUGACACAGUGUAGAAGCGUGUUGGACAAGCUGAAAAGAAGGUACAGGAAAGAGAAGGCUAGAAUGGACGAAAUUGGCCUUGGCUCUUGUAAAUGGGCCUUCUUCAAGAAGAUGGACAUGUUGAUGGCUUCCUCCGCAAGGCAAGAGUAUGGACUUGCUUGUGGUGUGGAUUCCGGGGAGUACGUGUUUAUGAACACUAGGGUUUACUUAAACAGUUCCAAUGGGUUUGAUGAGAUGAGGGACAGUCCUGGGGAGUCUGAGAGCGAUGAUGACGAUGAAGAGGAGGAUAUUGGUGGUGGUGGUGGUGGUGGGGAUGAGGAUGAGGAGGAGGACAAGAUGUCAUACCGCGUGUUGGCAGAUUCGAUUCAGAAGUUUGGGAAGAUAUACGAGAAGAUUGAGAAUAGUAAGAGGCAGCAGAUGAUGGAGCUGGAGAAGAUGAGGCUGGAUUUUAACAGGGAGCUGGAGCUGCAGAAGAAGCAGAUCCUCGAGAGGGCGCAGGCCGAGAUUGCCAAAAUUCAGGAAGUGGAUGAGGAGGAUACCGACACUUCCGGUGGGGAGAAUCUCAGUGAAUGAUCUAGGGCAUCUGAUUCUCUUGUAUUUGAAAAUGAGGAGAUAUGAUCUUCGAAAGGGUGGUGAUAUCUGGAUAGAGUGCACCAGUUUUGGAGGAAAGAUUGUCUACAGGCUGGAAAAGAGCUGCACCCAGUAAGGUUUUCAAGUUUCAACCCUCGUGUACCCUGAUAAUGGGGUAGUUGAUUCGAAAGAGUAAUUUAUUGUAUGGGUAAGUUGCAAUAAAUUUGGUACUCUUUUAAAUGAUUUGCAGCACAUUUAUGUAAAACUCAUUUCAUCCAAAUACGUGCCUUUGGAUGGAAAUUAUUAAUUAAGUGUUAAUAGUAUGCUAAAGUUAAACGCGCCAACUGCAAUA